CAAUAUACAAUGCUCAACUGCAGCCGCGGCCAUGAUGAUGGUAACAGCAAGGACGGAGGAACAUUGCAUAAUAAAAGGCUUCAGUGAUGAAGUGGUAGAAAUUCCAAUCGAUCCUCGGGAUUCUCUUGAUCUUGUCCAACAAAGAUUAAUUGAAUUACCGGCAGGUGACACUGACUGCUCCCUGCCCAUGAUUGACGCAAUAAAUAAAAAGAUUAAAGACAUCGACGUGUUUGUUAUCUAUACUGACAAUGAAACAGGGGUCGGGAAGUGUCACCCGUUUAAGGCACUAGAAUGCUACAGGGAAUACUCGGGAAAACGUGAUGUCAAGCUAAUUGUAUGCGGAAUGUCUGCAACAAGAUUUUCAAUAGCCAAUCAUGAUGAUCCUUACAUGCUAGACGUGGUAGGAUUCGAUUCAGCCGUUCCAUCUAUCAUUUCCAGGUUUGCCAUUGGUCAGAUAUGAAGGAUAAAAGGUUGCAAAUGUACGACGCUCAAUACUAUCCAUCCAUUACAAAUGAUUAGAAAAGUUUAUUUUUUAUGUAUUUUUCUCCAGUUAGUUUGUCAAUGGUCAUUCAAAGUUUGCAAUUGAUAUGUGUUUGAAUUUGUGUUUUUGAAGAAAAUCAGCUGUUGAAAUUAUCCUAUACGACGGUCUGAAAUAGAAAAAAAUCGUUAAUAGUGCGAAAAAUGGGAAAAGUGCGGGGUACGAUAACUUACCGCAUGAAGUUUUAAAGUUUCCCAUCAUAAUCGAUGUUUUGUUUUCAUUGAUUAGUUUAUGCUUUAAAACAGGAAUCAUCCCAAGUAUAUGGCGAAAAGCAUUUAUUUCUCCGAUACCAAAGGACAAUAACAAAGACAAACGUGUACAACUAAACUAUAGAGGUAUUAGUCUGCUGUCAGUUGUUAGCAAAAUGUAUUCAGCGUUAUUAAAAAUAGAUUACAAGAGCAAAAUCUACUUGCUGAUGAACAAAACGGUUUCCGUUCUAAAAGGUCAUGUGAGGAAUAUGUAUAUACAGCUUGUACCAUUAUUAGAAAUAGACUUACAGACAAACAAGAUAUUUUGGUACGUUCAUUGAUAUACAGAAAGCAUUUGACUUUGUUCAUAGAAAUAUUCUUUUAUACAAACUUCUGUCAAAAAAUAUUAAUGGUAAAUAUUAUAAUUCUAUUAAGUCAAUUCUAACGGACACAUUAUCGUGUGUUAAACUUAACGGUAUGUUAACAGACUUGUUCAUAACCGUGUCAAUGUCAGACAGGGAGACAGCAGUUCUCCCACAAUUUUCGCAUACUUCAUAAAUGAUCUUGUUGAAGGCUUAAAUCGUCUUAACAAAGUUGUUAAGUUUUAUGAUGAUAUUAUAUGUUGUUUAUUAUGACGAUAUUUUAUUGUUAUUUGAAAAUGAAAGGGAUAUGCAGAAUAUGUUAAACUAUAUUAAUGAUUGGUGCAGAAAAUGGCGACUAACAAUUUAUGAGUCGAACUCAAAUGUUAUUCAUUUUAGAUGCAAAGGAAAAAGUCAAAGUAAUUUUACAUUUCACAUUGGUGCAUCGGAUAUUUUGUUUACAUCUGCUUAUAAGUAUUUGGGUGUUUUGAUGCAUGAACAUUUAGAUUUUUCGUACUCUGCUGAUAUUCUUUGUAAAUCAGGUGGUCGAGCACUAGGUCCAAUUAUAUCUAAAAUUCAGAAAUAAAGAUAUAGGCUUUAAAACAUAUACAAAAAUAUAUUACUCUUGUGUUGUGCCUGUAACUGAUAAUUGUUCUUCAAUAUGGGUUUUAAAAAACUUCAAGAAACUAGAUAUUACACAGCAUAGAGCAAUCAGAUAUUUUAUUGGUGAACAUAGAUUUGCUCCGAUACUAGCAAUAACUGGUGAUAUGGGGUAGAUUUGUCGGUUAAUAUACUGAGACUAUGGAAUAGACUUGUACAUAUGGGUGAUGAUAGACUCACGAAGAAAGCGUUUUUGUAUGAUUAUUUUACUGUUGGAAAUACAUGGUGUUCAGACGUUAAGCACAUUCGUCAACAAGUUAAUAUGUCACAUUUGUAUGACAACAAACUUCCGGUUGAUUUAAACAAUAUUGAAGACUUUCACUAUACAAAUCAAAUUGGUCUGACAAUAUUACAAAUGUGGCAAAACUGAGAACAUAUGUUACAUUCAAACAAGACUUUGAAACAGAUAAAUAUCUCAUGUCUUCCUUAACUAAAGUAGAAAGGUCGCAUUUAGCGGUAUGCUUCCGCUCAAACUAGAAACAGGACGAUAUGUGGGAUUACGUGUUGAUGAAAGAAUAUGCACUCUUUGUACUGACAAUGUUGUUUAGGAUGAAACUCACUUUGUAUUGAAAUGCUCUAGAUGCAACGAUUUACGUGUUAAUUUGAUUUCCAAAUGUAAAGAGAGUAGCAGUGACUUUGACAAUAUGUCUGAUAUUCAAAGUUAUGUGAUACAAAAUCAAUAUGUAAGCGCUCCAAAGUUUAUUGUAGAAAGUAUGAAAAGAAGAAGGUUAUAUCUUUAUAAAUGAACUGAUGUUUUACAUAAUAAAAAUUUACUUGAAAUUUUGAUAUGCUUUGCUUGAUUAUACAAUUCUCAUAUACGGAAUUUUAAUGAUUGACCACUGUAUUUCCGAUUAAUUUUUCUAUGCUUUACAUGUUUUAUUGUUAAUCAUUUAUAUGAAUUGUAUAUAGCUUAAAGUGACUUAUAUGCCCAACGUACCCGGGUGUUAUAAUUUGUUACAUGUAUGAUUAUUAUAUUUUACAUAACACAAUGUCACUAUAAUAAAAUUUACUUACUUACUUACUUACUGAAUAUGAUUCUCCACCUUUUUGGAAAAGACCCAAACAAAUUACAUGAUAUCAAAUUACAAGAUUUUUUUUACUUGCAGUACAUGUAAAAUGCCGAUUUAUUUUAUUUUUAUUUGUUUCUUAUUCUGUUUUCUUUGCGUAUUGAUUUUGUGUAUGCAUGAUAAUAUUUCUAAACAUAGCAUUUCGUACCGAGCAGCCCGUUUAGCUUUUAAGGUCUAGGAUAGGCCCACUCAUUUUAACCACAAUAAUUUUCAGAUAGUUAUCUAUAAAUAGAAUAUAUAGUCAUAUAUGAUUUCGUGGCGAAAAUUUGCCGGAAUUCCACCUAAUAAAUAUUUAACAUAAGAUACUAAUCAUCAUUUUAUAUUUAGCUUUGUUUUUUUCAGUAUUUUCAGAUAUUGUUUUGAUGUGAUUGUACUAUAUAUUUUUGUACAGUAUUUUUCAGUUUUCAUUUUUUACUUUUACUCUGGUAGUAAUAUAUGAUUGUGCUUUUAUCUUCUUCUUUUGUAACUGACGUUGUUUAUUUGUAAAUACGGUACACUGAUUGUGAUAACUAUACAGCUAAUAUGUGAUUCUACCAUGCUGUUAAAAUAUUUAGUUAAAAGGUUGUUGAUUUAUCUAAAACCUAUGAAUGGUUCUUGAUCUGUGAAACUAUUCUACUCAUUUUCUUUUAUCGUUGUUUUAUUUUGUAAAUUAUUAAAUGCUUUGUUGAAAUGAAA